UGAGUUGUCCUCCGCACAUACUCCACAAGUACCUCCCAACCAGACCCACGCGUCAACAAAGCUGCCCAGCACAACGACUUCCUGGUGGAGGCGGUCCCCAAACGGGGAAUCCCCCUGCCGCAGGGCCCCACUGGAAGCCGCGAAGCGAAGUUGGGCAGGGGCUACGCUCGGCGCUCGAUUGCUCGAGCCUGGCGACGACAGAGCCCUUGCGACGGCUCUGCGCUCGAGGGGUCGAGCCUGGCCCGUUGCCGCAGCGGCGGCAGCGGCGGCGAAGCGGCGGCGGCGGCAGCGGGGACGUGAGCGGGAGCGAGUCCGCGGCCCAGAGCGGGAAUGUCGAGGAGUUCGAAGGCGGUGCUGGGCCUCUCGGUGCUGCUGACGGCGGCCACGGUGGCCGGCGUGCAUCUGAAGCAGCGGCAGGACCGGCAGAGGCUUCGUGACGGAGUGAUUAGAGACAUUGAGAGGCAAAAUCAGAAAAAAGAAAACAUUCGUCUUUUGGGAGAACAGAUUAUUUUGACUAAGCAACUUGAAGCAGAAAGAGAGAAGAUGUUGAAAAAAGGAUCUCCAAACACUUGACUUUGUGAAAAAUUGAUGGGGUAGUGCUGGGUUAGCGUGUGUAUAUGUGGGUAUGUGCACGAGUGUGUGUGUCCAUAGAGAAUAGCUAGUGAGAUCUGUCCCCUCCCCCCCAAAUCACUGUCCAUUUAAACUUUAUUAAAUAAAGGACAGUGGAUCCUGUCUUCUAAAUCA